AUGCUUUCAAAAGCUUUCAUCAUUUGCCCAUUGAAUGCUUCCCCCAAAGAUUUCUUCAUCAUUUGCCCAUUGAAUGCUCCCAAAAGAUUUUCUUCAUUUGCAUUUGCCCAUUUGAAUGAAUCCAAAGAUUUCUUCAUCAUUUACCCAUUGAAUGCUUUACCAAAGAUUCUUUCAUCAUUGCCGUGGUGCUUCCCCAAAAGAUUUCUUCAUCAUUUGCCCAUUGAAUGCUUCCCCCAAGAUCUUCAUCAUUUGCCCAUUGAAUACUUCCCUGCAGAUGUCUUCAUCAUUUCCAUUGAAUGCUUCCCAAAAGCUUUCUUCAUCAUUUGCCAUCAUUAUGUAUCGAAUUCCCCAAAAUUUUUCAUCAUUUGCCCAUUGAAUGCUUCCAAAAGAUUUCUUCAUCAUUUGCCAUUCUUGAAUGCUUCAAAAAGAUUUCUUCAUCAUUUGCCCAUUGAAUGCUUCCCUAAAGCCUUUUCAUCAUUUGGUACAUUGAAUACUUCCCCCAAAGAUUUCUUCAUCAUUUGCCCAUCAUUUGUCAUUGAAUGCUUCCCAAAGAUUUCUUCAUCAUUUGCCAUUGAAUGCUUCCUUGAAUGCUUCAUCAUUUUACCCAUUGAAUGCUUCCCCAAAGCUUUCUUCAUCAUUUGCCCAUUGAAUGCUUCCCCAAAAUUCAUCAUUUAA